AUGACUCGCAUGGACUACCUGAGACAGAGUUUCACUCUUCCGAACAAGAAGAAGACCAGAUAUCCCCCGAACCUUAGCAAUGAGGUCUCCGUCAAGGGUAUCCCCAUAGGCUCGGCCAAGAUGAAGGCCCACAAGGUCAAGUCCCUCAAACAGGGCGACACCGAUGUCCUGGUCGGAGAUCGGCUCGAGGACAUCUACGCCACAUUGCCCAAACGUCAAGUUCCUGAUUUCUACGGAGGCGACAUGGAGGUCGAGGUCAAGAAGCCUCCUGUCGCGUUGGACGAUAAUUUCCUAAGCGUUUCAACCUGUGACAUUUCUUCGGAUUACGGCUCAGAGUUCGAUCUGACGUUCCGGCGUAGCGGAAGGUCCACCCUGUACGCCACGCUGAGGCGCGGGAAAAAACUUUUCGAUAAAUCCACAACCGACUCCCGACGGUCUUCCACCUCGACCGUUGUGUCGAGCGGUACCGGAAGCCUCCCGGAGUCGCCACCGGAGUCCGAUAACGGCAGCAUUAGAAGCAGCCAGAUCUACGGGACGAUAGGACGUUGUACUUCGAAGCGGCGGGAAGCGCUGCCGCCGUGGUUGUGCGAUACUUCGACAAGUUUGCCGACGACGCCUUCUCUCGAACUCGCACCGACGGCGUUUCGAGAGCCGCCCCCAUCCGUUCAGCCACCGGCCAGCAUGGUCGGCAGUCUGGAAGAUCUCCAUCACUCGGAUACGAGCUCGGUGAAAAGCUUCGGAAGCUCGACGUCCGCGUCUACAUAUUCAAACCCCAAAGAACAUAUUUAUUUGCGACCGGCGAUGCUCGGCUCCGCUCCGCUCCAACCGUCGCCCGCGAACCACCAUCCUAUGGGACAGAACGUGUACAAAAGUGCCGAGGAACUGAGCAGUCUGUGUUCGUGUAGAGAGCGAUGUGCGCAUAGUGUUUCGGGAUACCGCGUUCGAGCCUGCAAGACCAUGGAGCCCCUCUGGGAGAGCGAAGACCAGGUCCAGCUCCGAAGAACUUCGCAGAAGUGGUACGACACACGUAAAGCGAAGCACAAGAGCUGUCCUGCGUUCCAGGCUCAUAUGGUAGCUGCCUUCGAGCAGUCUUUGUCGAAUAUGACAACGAGACUGCAGCAUUUGACAGCGACCGCCGAGCAGAAGGACUCGGAACUGAUAGAACUCCGGAAAACCAUUGAAGCUCUUCAGCAACAGAGCGCCGAAGCAGGACUCACGAAAGCCGCCCUGCAAUCGAUGCAGGCCGUACAAAGAACGUUACACAGCAACGACGGCCAUCCCGGAACACCGAAAUCGAUGCCACGACAACUUUCAAGUGACUCUAUGUCUUCGGUGAAUUCAGCCAACUCGCAGGGCUCCCAGCACCAAAACCUCCACCUCCAACAGCCUUCGCAAAUGUGCAAGGAGAGGGAAUCUUCUCUGGAGACGCUGGAAAACAAUAUGAAAAAGAACAAAAAAAAGAAAUCCUCCGGAUGGCUGAGGUCGAGCUUCGGGAAAGCAUUUUCUAGGGGCGGUAGUGGAAGCGGCAAAGAGGAUGGCAACGGUAGUGAUUCUUCGGCGCCGAAUUCACCGCGAGUCCCCAGGAGUUGUCCACUCCCAGCUCCUAUUCAGGAGGCCGACGAGACAGAAGCCGACACUCGGUCCAAUUCCGAUCUCGUCGACGAGCUCCGCAAACAGCUAAGAGACAAAGAUAUGGUCUUGACCGACAUCCGGCUCGAGGCUUUAUCUUCUGCCCACCAGCUGGACCAUAUGAAAGAACUGGUCACGAAGCUCAAGAACGAAAUCGCCCACCUCAAGGCGGACAACGAACGGCUCUCGCGGAUGGUUGGGGCCCCCGACCAAAACUCCGAGAACAGCUCACAAUGCUCGAUCCCGAGUUUAUUGAAAGCCAACUCCUUGGAAUCGGUCGAGAAGAGGCUCUCGUCCUCCGAUCAAUCCGGAUCUCCCACCGUAGACAUGUAUCUCAACGACAACAUCCAAGAAAGUCGAGACAGCAAGAAAAUCCCAGUUUCGGUUCACCUCGGCAUCAGCGGCGACCUGAAUAAAUUAUUAGCGACCUCCAGCGAGAUUUUCAUCGGCUGUGUAGCGGUCAGCAACAAAACGUCCUGGACGUUACUGGACGCAAUUGUCCGCAAGGCUUUCAAGGAAUACGUCCUCAAAAUCGACCCCGCUUCGAACCUGGGUCUCAGCGCUGAAUCCGUGCAAUGCUAUCAUAUCGGAGACAUGGUCAGAUCGAAAGACGUGACGCCCGAGCUGCUGCCGUGCGGCUACCUGGUCGGCAACGACAUGCAGAUCAAGGUGGUCGUCAAAGGAACCGACCAGAGCUCACUAGACGCUUUGGCUUUCGAAACUUCAAUCCCGAAAUCGAUACUCGCGCGAUACGUGUCCCUGCUCAUGGAACACAAGCGCAUCAUCCUCUGCGGACCCAGUGGAACGGGGAAAACUUUUCUGGCACAAAAGCUCGCCGAAUACCUGUCGAAAGACAGCGAGCGUGGGGAGGAGGCUAUACCGACUUUCAACGUGGACAGGAACAGCCAAGGGGAACUGAAGAGCUAUCUGGCUAAUUUAGCCGAGCAGAGCGAGUCGGGCGAAGUUCCGCAGGUCGUCAUCGUGGACAAUCUGCACCACGUGGCUUCACUGUCCGAUGUCUUCAAUCCUUUGUUCCAGGCCAACGCUGAGAAGUGCCCCUUCAUCAUAGGAACGAUGAACCAGGCCCGCUGCUCAACCACGAACCUGCAAUUGAAUCACAACUUCCGAUGGGUUCUGUGCGCCAAUCACAUCGAGCCGGUCAAAGGUCUUCUGGGAAGAUGCCUGAGGCGUCGACUCGUAGACCACGAGGCCCGCACCGGCCUCCGCAGUAGCCCCGAGCUUCAACACGUGAUCGACUGGAUGCCGCAGGUCUGGAUGCACGUCAACAAGUUCCUUGAGACCCACAACUCAGCGGACGCGACGAUCGGACCCCGUUUGUUCCUCACGUGUCCCGUCGAUCUACUGUCGGCCCAGGUCUGGUUCACGGAUCUCUGGAAUUACACUAUCGUUCCAUAUCUCGUUGAGGCGGCGCGAGAAGGGCUACAGCUCCACGGUCAACGAGCACCCUGGGAAGACCCACUCGAGUGGGUCAAACAGAGCUAUCCGUUCGAGCGCAAAUCGUCGCAGGACUUGGUCUGUGUCCGCGAGGAUGACAUCACAGCAGGAGAGACCACACUCAGCAAUCGGGACUCGGACCCUCUGCUCAACAUGCUGAUGAGACUACAGGAAGCCGCCUCGUACACGCCGCAGACCAGCCUGACUGAAACUACCGCCGACUGUAGCUGAUUUGGACUGGCGUGGAACGAGUGAAACGAGCAGGGGAAAUUGACCUGUUCUCCUUUCUUUCCGAUGACCGUGUAAAAAUUGUAUUCUGUACAUACUGAGCUAAGAAUUCAGUGAGCAGAGAAUCGCGAAAAUGGAGGAAUCAUGUGUUUCGGCCAGCUCACCUGGCAGAACGUAUUUGACAGCGAAGGAU